UGAAUCAAUCUUCCUUCCCACACUCUUGCGUGGAUUCAGUUUUUCAAGUCUAACUCUCUAUGCAAUUCAAUGCUCAGCUUCAGACAUCUCUGAACACUUCUCCGCCUAUUUUCUCUUUAAUUUGCUACACCAUUCUCAAGCUCCUGUUUCUGGCCUCUCUGCUCUCGUUUGGUUCCCGAGAAAUGGGAACGAAAAAUGUCAAUGGCCUUGGCAAAGAAAGACGUCUAUGCUAUUUGAACCAUCUGCACAUAUUCCUGGCCUGACCUGAGUCUUGUUCUGUACCCAAUAAAUUGCUUCUCUUUCUAAAGCUUAAAUCUUCUCUUGGCUGAAUAAGAGGGCUAAUCAUGGAUGCCAAGGGGCAAAAAGUUGUGAGGUUUAAGGACUGGAGAUCAGAAUCAUCUUUCAGUGUUGAGAACACAAAUUCUACUGAUGAUGGAUAUCCUCAGAGAAAAAUUAGACCAAGAGUAAGAGCUGUGUUUAAGAAUAUUAGAAGAAGACUCCAGAGAAGGUUUGAGAAGAUUAAAACCUUGAGAAAACCUGUAAAUGUGCAUCCAGUAAGUGAUGCAACACCUAAGAAAUCGGCUUCGGGAAGGAAGAUUCUUGAUCCACAGGGGUCUUUCCUUCAGAAAUGGAACAAGAUUUUUGUGAUCGCAUGUGUACUGGCAGUUUCUGUGGAUCCUCUGUUCUUUUACAUCCCAGUUAUUGAUGACGAAAAAAAAUGCCUUGCUUUAAAUAGCAACUUGGAGAUUACUGCCAGUGCUCUUCGUACAUUCUUUGACCUUUUCUACAUUCUCCACAUAAUAUUUCAGUUUCAAACGGGUUUUAUUGCCCCUUCUUCUCGAGUAUUUGGUAGGGGUGAGCUCAUUGAUGAUCCUCAUGCCAUUGCAAAAAGAUACUUAUCUUCAUACUUCAUCAUUGACAUCCUUUCAAUUAUUCCAUUUCCACAGGUGGUUAUUUUGGCACUCAGACAUUCAGUUCCACGUCCAUCUGUAGAAAAGGACUGGUUAAAAUAUGCAAUAGUAAUCCAAUAUGUCCCUAGAUUUCUUCGGAUCCAUCCAUUAUUCACAGAAGUAACUAGAAAUUCUGGCAUAUUGACUGAGACAGCAUGGGCUGGCGCUGCUUAUAAUCUCUUUCUCUACAUGCUAGCAAGUCAUGUGGUUGGAGCUUUCUGGUACCUGUUUUCAGUAGAAUCAGUGCUUCGAUGCUGGCGCAGAUUCAAGUGUCACUUCGAGGAUCCUGACGAAAUUGGUUUUGGAAUGUACACCGACGCUUUAAAAUCUCAUAUUGUGGAAUCAACAAUGGAUUUUCCUCAAAAGAUCUUCUUCUGCUUUUGGUGGGGUUUGCGCAAUGUAAGUUCACUGGGACAGAAUCUCAAAACAACUACAUAUGUAGGGGAGAUCAUCUUUGCUUGCUUCAUCGCAAUUUUUGGGUUGGUUCUGUUCUCAUUACUCAUUGGAAACAUGCAGAAAUAUCUGCAAUCUGUAACUGUCAGAGUUGAAGAAAUGAGAAUCAAGAGGCGAGAUGCAGAGCGGUGGAUGUCCCACCGUAUGCUGCCUGAGCACUUGAGGGAAAGAAUCAGACGGUAUGAGCAUUACAAAUGGCAAGAAAACAGGGGAGUGGACGAGGAAACAUUGAUCCACAAUCUUCCUACAGAUCUCAGAAGAGACAUAAAGCGUCACCUUUGCUUAGGUUUACUUAAAAAAGUUCCACUGUUUGAGAAAAUGGAUGAGCGGCUAUUGGAUGCACUUUGUGAUAGGCUGAAGCCAGUACUUUAUACAGAGAAGAGCUACAUUGUUCGAGAAGGAGAUCCAGUGGAUCAAAUGCUCUUCAUUAUGAGAGGAAACCUUGCUACUAUGGCAACGAAUGGUGGAAGAACUGGUAUUCUCAAUUCCUUUGUAAUCAAGGCAGGUGAUUUCUGUGGAGAGGAGCUUUUAACAUGGGCCUUAGACCCCAACUCGUCCUCAAAUCUUCCCAUUUCAACCAGAACAGUAGAAUCUAUAUCAGAAGUUGAAGCCUUCGCUCUCAUGGCUAAUGACUUGAAGCACGUUGCUUCCCAAUUCCGACGCCUUCACAACAAACACAUCCAGCACACUUUCAGGUACUAUUCCAUGCAAUGGAGGAUAUGGGCUGCCCGUUUCAUACAAGCAGCUUGGCGUCGCCACUGCAAAAGGAAGAUUGAGAAAUCAUUACGUGAAGCUGAGUACAGGCUACAAAAUGCUUUGGCAAAUGAGGAAGGUCCGUCUCCAAGUUUUGGUGCCACCAUAUAUGCAUCAAGGUUUGCUGCCAAUGCGUUACACAACCUGAGAAAAAAUAGGGAUCGAAACAAAAGAAUGCCUCAGAGAUUGCUUCCUCUUCUGCCUCAGAAACCAACUGAGCCUGAUUUCACUGCUCAAAAGCUUUAGAAUUGCCACGAAAAAGCGCGAGAAAAUAUUCAUGCGAGUGAAACAUCCGUUGUUCAUAUCGUUAUCCUUGGAUUCAUCUUCCGAGAAAAAAGCUUGAAAAGGUCUAUUGAGGUUGGGUGCUUCAAACAUUGUCACAGUAAAGGCUAUAUUAUAUUAAUGAUUUUGUGACCUAGUCACACUUCUUUUGUAAGUGAGGGGUGAUUCAGCUUGUAAAUUUA